GCGCCAGCCUGCUCCUCUUGGCUCUGGGCAGCCCAGUCCUGCUCCUGACCCUGGCGCCGGCAGGUGCCCAGGGGAGCUGGAUAAUCGGGGGGAAGGCGGUGAAGCCGCACUCCCGGCCGUACAUGGCCUCCAUCCAGAUGGACGGGCAGCACGUCUGCGGGGGCUGCCUGCUGUUGCGCAAGUGGGUGAUGACGGCUGCACACUGCGUUAUUCCCAGGCGCAACCCCUCGGUGCGCGUGGUGCUGGGCGCCCACCACUUGCAGCGCCCUGAGGCAGCCCAGCAGGUCUUCAGCAUCGUGGAGUCCAUCCCGCACCCCCACUACAACUCCCGCACCGUGCGCAACGACAUCCGCCUGCUCAAGCUGAACCAGUCAGCCACCCUGAACCAGUUUGUGAAGCUGAUCCGCCUGCCCCUGCCCAACUCCGACCUCCGCCCUGGGGUUGCCUGCCGGGUCACGGGCUGGGGCGACGUCUCCAACUUUGGCACGUCCCCCGUCGAGCUCAUGGAGACCCGGAUCACCGUCUUCAACCGCACGGAGUGCAACGCCCGCUGGAAGGGGCACGUCACGGCCGAGAUGCUCUGCACCGCUGCCCCCACCGCCACCUUCCAGGGGGUUUGCUCCGGUGACUCGGGGGGCCCCCUGGUCUGCGGGGCCAGGGUCUGCGGCGUCGUGUCCUUCUCCGGACAGAAGUGCGGGGACCGCCGCUUCCCCGACAUCUACACACGCGUUUCCCUCUACAUCCACUGGCUCCAUCAGGUCAUCAAGAGCAAUUAGUGCCCCAGCCCUUGCCGGGCUCCGGAGACCCCUGCAGCCCCCAAGCAGCAUGGGUCAGGAGCGUGGACUGUGGAAGGGGGAGAGUGGCAGAGCUGGAUUGCAUUGGGAUCACCA